AUGUUCAGCUCCCGCCACCCCGAAGACCGCUUCCGCCUGCGCAUGCACCGCGCCCGCAGCGUCGACCUGACCGACGCCGAACUCGUCGAGAUCCGCGCCGCCCAACGCACCUUUGAAGGCGCCUACGUGCGCACCGCGCUCUCGCAACUCUCGUUCUCGCUCGUCGUGCUCAAGAUCUUCACGUCGGAGUUUUAUUCGAUCGGCGCCCUCUUCGCCGCGUACGCGUUCAGCUUGCUCCUGGUUAGUGCCUAUCGGAGACAGCAGGGGAAUCGCCAGUUCUUUACGGAGGUGGGCGGUGAUGGGCUGGCUAUGAAGAGAUUCGUGACGAGCGGGAACGUGGUCGUGGCGGUCACGGCACUGACUAUUGCCGCGAUUGUGAGUUUGUUGGUGUUGACGCUGAGGUUGGAGACUUGA